AUGGAACUGCUUUCCUCCAUUUUCGAGAAUAUGCUAGUGGCAGACCCGACCAUCUCUCCAGAGGAGAUGAAUACGGACGCUGUGAUCCACGACACAGGCAAGAAACAAGACGCCAUGGCCAAAUUGACAGAAACUGCAAAAAACCUUGGAGAGAAGGACGUAGAGGUACUAGUUUCUCCCAUAAGCAGCUAUUGGUAUUUGGAAGAUAACACACAGAGAGCCAAUCACCAGCUUUCUGACAGAAUCAUGGAGAAGUUGUUAUCUGUGGUGAUAGUCAAUGAGGCCGACGGUGACCUGAAGAUUCUGCCUAUUCGAAAGGAAAUGCAGAAACACCGACCAGCAUUCAGCAUGAGUAUCAUGAACACUAACAGUACCCAAUUGGCCCAAAAGGCAUCUCCAAUGUUCGAAGGUAUGGAUGCCAUCAUUAUGUGUAUGACAUGGCAUAAUCCGUUUUUCACCAGCGCCAUUCUUUUGCUAGGCACUCAUGCAAUUUUGAAGCCCGUGUUGUUCUUGCUGUUUCCUGCGCUUCUUGUGUUGGUGAGGUUCAUGUUUCCUAGCUACCUUAAGUUGUACCCCAGUGACAAUACAUUUGUGGAUGGCAAGUUCCUCGAGAGGAACCCGUUCCCACACCCGGGGAAACCUCUUGGAACGUACGAGCUGCCCAAGCCGGCACCAAUGUACUCAAAAGAGUACCUCAUGAAUUUCACGGACAUGCAAAACCAUAUCAUUCCCUACAUUCGUCUCCACGAUGCCGUGAUAGAGUGGGGAAAACACUACUUCUUGUUCGAGGAUGAGAAAUUGAGCACAUUGGUGUUUCUUACGCUAGUCUUUAUCAUCGCCUUCAACACUUGCAUCCUUCCUUUCUUCAUUCCAAUGAUACUACGCAUUGUGCCCCUCAAAGCCAUGGAGAUGGUGGCACUAUGGACGGUUUUCAUCUGCUGUCACCCCAAAAUUCAGAACAAGUUGCUAGAUACUCUUGACACCGAAGAAGCAAGACUUGCUAGACUUGAUAUGACCGAUAGAUUGGAGAAGUAUCUCAUGAGCUACAUCCAUGACGAUGCCGCCGAGGAUUUCUUUUGCGAGACGGAGGUUUACGAAAUCCACCGCUACAAUACAAAACUCAAGACGUGGGUUCCAUUAGGCUAUACGAGAGAAAUGUACUCACUCAAUCACCCAGAUCGCAUUCAUGAAUUGGGGGUUGAGGACGACUCCACCGAAAGUCUGUUCGAUGCAGACACCACGAUUGACGAAAUUGUACCGGAUAUACCGAUUGUGCCUUCCAUUUCAAAGGUCAGGCCUCCAGUUGGAUGGAAGUUCGUUGAAGGUGGUUGGAAAAUUGAUUUGAAACCACACAAGUGGGUAAACGAUAAUUGCAUCAUGGAUCUAGUUUGUAUCGAUGAUGAUGAAAAGUGGGUGUACGAUGUCUUGAAGCACGAAGGCUCGUCAUCGGUAUUCAGAAGACGCCGAUGGUACAGAUACAGCUAUAGAACGGCGUUGAAGAAACCUGCCAUGAACUCAGAAUCAUCUCUGCAGCAGGAUCUGUGA